CAGAUCUGAUUCCUGAUCCCCGAUUGCUUGGUCCUGGGUCCCGCCAUGGGAGCCUGAGCGCCCUGCAGUUCCCCCGGCCCCCUGUCCCCGGGGCCUCGAGGGGGAAACAGCCGAGUGGUCUGGGACGGAGCCGGGGUGAGCCACCUCAAGAGCCCCCCUCGUCAACCCCCAUCGCCCGCGCUGCCGGUUCUGGAGCGCGGAGUUCGGAACGACCCGGUGCGCUGCGGAUACAAAGGCGCGGAGCGGAGCGGGGCGUGCGCCCAGUCCACCCGGCUGUUCGCAGCGGCGGCUCCCACCUGGGUGCUUCUACUCUGAUCCCUGUGCGAUUCAUCUUCCUGCUUUGCCUCUGAUCAACCUCCUCUCUCUCUGAGUUGACCCGAAACCUCUCAGACUCUACAGGGAGCUGUCGCUUGAAUUUCUCCGAGAUAAGCCCACUCGUCCAGCAAAAUAGAGUCCCUCAGGGUGACAGUUGACUUCCUAAAGGUGCCUCUUGGCCUGAAGAAGCCUGUGCUGAAGGAGGUGGCUGUGGGGCCCCCCAAGAGGCCCCAGCCCGCGGCCCUGGAGCGCUACAAGGCACGGCGUUCAGACGCCAUGGACACCGAGUCCCAGUACUCGGGCUAUUCCUACAAGUCGGGCCACUCCCGCAGCUCCAGAAAGCACAGGGACCGCCGGGACCGACACCGCUCUAAGAGCCGGGAUGGGAGUCGUGGAGAUAAAUCAGUGACGAUCCAGGCUCCGGGAGAGCCCCUGCUGGACAAUGAGUCCACGAGGGGGGAUGAGCGGGAUGACAACUGGGGAGAAACAACAACGGUGGUCACAGGCACUUCUGAGCACAGUAUCUCCCAUGAUGACCUCACGCGCAUCGCCAAGGACAUGGAGGACAGUGUCCCGUUGGAUUGUUCCCGCCACCUGGGCGUGGCGGUAGGGGCCAUUUUGGCGCUGCUCUCUUUUCUCACCCCGCUGGCUUUCCUGUUGCUGCCUCCACUGCUGUGGCGGGAGGAGCUGGAGCCGUGUGGGACCGCCUGUGAGGGCCUCUUCAUCUCCGUGGCCUUCAAGCUGCUCAUCCUGCUGCUGGGCAGCUGGGCUCUGUUCUUCCGGCGGCCCAAGGCUUCACUGCCCCGAGUCUUCGUGUUACGAGCUCUGCUCAUGGUGCUUGUCUUCCUGCUCGUUAUCUCCUACUGGCUCUUCUACGGCGUGCGCAUCUUGGACGCCCGGGAGCGCAGCUACCAGGGCGUGGUUCAGUUUGCCGUUUCGCUAGUGGAUGCUUUACUCUUCGUGCACUAUCUGGCCGUAGUUCUGCUGGAGCUGCGUCAGCUUCAGCCCCAGUUCACGCUCAAGGUCGUGCGAUCCACAGAUGGAGCGAGCCGCUUCUAUAAUGUCGGCCACCUCAGCAUCCAGCGAGUGGCAGUGUGGAUCCUGGAGAAGUAUUACCAUGACUUCCCUGUCUACAACCCCGCCCUCCUCAACCUGCCCAAGUCCGUCCUGGCCAAGAAAGUGUCUGGCUUCAAGGUGUAUUCUCUCGGAGAGGAAAACAGCACCAAUAACUCCACGGGCCAGUCAAGGGCCGUGAUUGCGGCAGCGGCACGGAGGCGCGACAACAGCCACAAUGAGUACUACUACGAGGAAGCCGAACAUGAGCGCAGAGUGCGCAAGCGCAGGGCCAGGCUGGUGGUGGCUGUGGAGGAGGCCUUCACGCACAUUAAGCGGCUGCAGGAAGAGGAGCAGAAGAACCCCAGGGAGGUGAUGGACCCCCGGGAAGCAGCCCAAGCCAUCUUUGCAUCCAUGGCCCGUGCCAUGCAGAAGUACCUUCGCACCACGAAACAGCAGCCUUACCACACCAUGGAGAGCAUCCUUCAGCACCUGGAGUUCUGCAUCACCCACGACAUGACACCCAAGGCCUUCCUGGAGCGGUAUCUGGCCGCUGGACCCACCAUCCAGUACCACAAGGAACGUUGGCUGGCCAAGCAGUGGACAUUGGUGAGCGAGGAGCCGGUGACCAAUGGGCUUAAGGACGGCAUUGUUUUCCUCUUAAAGCGCCAGGACUUCAGCUUGGUGGUGAGCACCAAGAAGGUGCCCUUCUUCAAACUCUCCGAGGAAUUUGUGGAUCCCAAGUCACAUAAGUUUGUCAUGCGGCUGCAGUCGGAGACCUCUGUGUGACUUUGCAGCAGCCCAGAGGGAGGGAUGUGGGGGUUCCUGCGGAGUGGGAGGGGCUUGGUUCUCAGGCCCUGACACAUUUCUGCCAUCCUACUUCCUCUUGCUCUUGCUUUGUUUUGUGACUUUUUUGUUUUUUUUUUGUUUUUUUGUUUUUUACUUGAAUUAACUUAUCCUGUACCCAGUCUCCUCCCCUAUUCCUCAGUUUCCCCAUCUGGAAAUCUGGAGAGAACACCUUGCUUUAACAAUACCUGGGAACCAUCCUGCCCCCUAAUUUUGUAUCACUCCAGGCCCUGCAGGAAACAGUGCCUAAUAACUACCCUCAAACCCCUGUUCUUCCCCCCAAAAUGUUCCCUGGAUGGAAGCCCCUUCCAAACGUGUUCAGGGCCUUCCUGAUUGUACCCUUGCCUCCUGAGCUCCAACUUAUAAACGUAUGUUCUUAGAGCCACGCUCUCUAGUGGCCCCUGAUAGGGUUUCUCUUGAAGGCACAGCUCUGACCCCAGAGAACCAUGGUGCCAAAUUCCUGUGGGACAGCAGCUAACGCUGUCCCCCAUCCUCACCCUUAGCCCCAAGUCUCUGGGCACAAUGUACCUGUGACAUAGUCCCAGAGGUAGGAUUCUCCUUGUAGUCUUGCUCUACAGUGUUACAGCUGUAGUUCCUGGUGUACACACACACACACACACACACACACACACACACACACACAGAACAAGGGGAAGUGUGGUCUUGUACCCAGGAGUCUUUACUGCUGUUUCUGACUUGUAUGGUCAUGUGAUCAUAGGCAAAUGGAGGUAGAACCUCUCUGACCACUUUACUAGGGCUGUGGGGAAGGUAUACUGUGUCUUUCUUUCUUAGACAACUCCUGAGAGGAGGGCAGGAUAGACCCUUGAGGUUGGAGAGACCCAAUGUCACUGACCCCAUCCCUCUGAACUCACCCCAUCCUUCUGGGCUGUUCUUCCCUACCCUUACCCACGAAGGUUGCAUGUUGACCUCUUAAGGACUCCAUGACAUGCAGACCCUGACCAACCUUGGGGUCGAAGACAUUUUCUUUUUUGCACCAGCUACCCGAGUUCCUGCUGAAUUCCAGCUCCAGAGACCUGUGGCCUAAACUCUUCUUAUGGGGAGGGGCCAACAGCUCCUUCUCGUCCCCUGCCUUAAAUCCAGUUCUUUGCCUCAGGGGUCUCUUUUCCAUGGCCUUGCAGGGUCCCAUCCUCUUCUUUCCCCGCCUCGCUUUCUGAGCUCUGUAUCAGGGUGAGGGACCAGGAUUACUGCCUUUUGUGGGUAUUCUCUUCUCACCCCAUUUUAACUAACAUAGCCUUUGCAGCAAGUCUGAAUCUUGUCAAUUUAAAGCUCACUUUGAGCAGGAUUCACUAACCCUCUAAUGGAUAUCUCCAGAGUAAACUUGAGCCUAUAAAUCAGACACCUUUAAAUUAUUUUUUACUGCAAGGACUGGAAAUCGGGAGUACCCAUGUCCUUCCUUCUGGGAUCCAUGGGGAUGACUGGCAUGAUGGCUGUGAUGGAGAGACGCCCCUGUACCGCGUCUGUAAACAACUCUUAAAGCCCCUGCCCAGGCCCUUCACUUCCCUGGGAAUUUCGCUGGUAUUUGCUGUGCUAAGCACACCCGGAGAUGGGGGUACCUCUGAUCUCACCGUCAGGCUGUGGGAUCCAAAGUGGGAGCCUACCCCCUCCCCCCCAGUUACUAAAGGGCUUGUCCAUUAGGGGUGACUUUGUUCUCACAGGAAUGGUCUUUGGAGCUGACUUAUGAAGGGCCUCAAGGUUAGCUUAGGGCUGCGGUAGAGGUGCUGGAUAAACUCCAGUGAGAUGAAUAUGUCCUUGGGUAACGGGAAGGUAUCUUUUCUUAAAAAAAAAAAAAAGAAAGAAA